AUGCUCAUCGGUACCUCCUCUCCACCAAGACUCACCUCAAUCAAUACAACAAGCAUGUCUGAUCAUUCAACAUUGAUACAGCACUCGCCAACAACAACAACAGGAAGAGGUUCCACACAAGAUCUCCUUCAGGAAUUACAAGACUUACAUCAGUCCGUUCUCGUUUAUCUUCAUCAUAACUAUGGAGUCAUUCCAUCCACAGUAACUGUGAUCAAUGACCAUACUAACAGUAAUACGCGAUCUCCACUUUCAAAGGUUUCCAUCACAUCGUCAACCUCAACGAAUAAGAAUCAAUUCUCGAGCUCAGUAUCCUCCUAUUCCACAUCUGCCGUUUCGUCAAGUCCAAAGAACCAUCCUCCAGUAUCAAAACAACGUAGUUUCAUCUUGUUAGAAGACGAUUGUGUCUCCAGCCCAAGACAUACCUCAAGCAUUAGUUUUGGAGAUGAAAUACCCAACUCCUCACCAAACUCUUCUGGUUUCUCUCCUCUUUCUAGAGGUUCCAAGAUGUCAAAUAGUAUGAACUCAAUUAGCCUAACUAACACCUCUCCAACCUCAAUGAAUUCUCAUAGCACAUCAUCGUCAUUGAAUUGCACCGAAUGUGAAACGAGAAUGGUUCGGUUGGAACGACUAAUUUAUCAAGUUCUGAAUCUCAUCUUGCGGGGUGAGUACAAACCAAAGCUCAAUAUUUCGUCAAACAAGUCAAGUCCAUCCCAACCACAAACCCAUUCAUCGUCGGAACCUGAAACUCCGCGAAAGAUGGUUCAGAGUCGAGUGAAGAGUGCUCACUUGAUGAAUGUAGAACCUCUCAAAGAAAUGAUUGCAUCAGUGGUACAGUAUGAGCCCAAACGAUGUACCAUGGGAUAUGAGAUUUUGUUAGAAUUGAAGAGUGAAGUGGCUUGCUUGAGUCAAAUUUUGUAA